GGGGAAUGUACUCGAUAUGUCAACUUGUAUAUAACGAAAUAACGAACCAUCACGACAUCACGAUCAGCAUUGUGGAACCACGACAGUGGGGAUCACGACAAGCUUCUCGCAUACAGACGGGGUUCUAUUCGGGAGGAAGACCAAGUCCAAGGAGGUCAUCGAGAAGCAAAGCGAAGCGGAGAGACAGGUGAUUCACGAUGGUCCGUCUCAAAAGUACCUCUUGAUGGAGUCGAGUUCGUCCUGGAUCAGACGGUAGCGUUUCAAUCCGAGCUGAUCAAGGAUAUGAUCAACGAUUGCCCGGACGAGAACCAAGAUAUGCCUAUCCCUUUGCCCAAUGUUCGCUCGGAGAUCCUUACCAAAGUCAUCGAAUUCUGCGAAUAUCACCGUCCCGACCGACAACCCCUCAUGAAACCAAAACCUCCUCCUGCUCCUGAUCAAACCACCACCGCUAAGUGGCUCGACCAGAAUACCGCGCCCAACGUUUGCGCUACCGCCGUCAAGUUGCUUGGCCCUCUAGCUACAGUACCUGUGAAUUAUGGUACUCUUGCUUGUGUUCCCUGCGCUUUAACAGACGCUCUGGGAGUCCCUCAAGAUACCCCAGGGGGAUCCGGGUCUGGCGCUGGUGCGGGUCUUUUGAGCGUCCCGGGCGGGAGUAGGAACUCGGUAUCCCUCGGACCGGAAGAUAGCGCCAGUCAGAUUGGACAGACUCAGCCAACCGCUGAAGCAUCAGGAAGUGGGAGUGGAAACAGGCAAGGAGAUAUUGUCAAGGUCAACGACGAGGUUGUCGAAAGGAGCCGAACCGACUCCUUGGCACCGGAGAUGUCCACCUCGGUUGUUCUGGGACCGGAAGAUAGCGCUAGCCGAGUCAGGGUCGGCGAUGCGUCCGGAAGUGGGAAUCAGGAUCAUGUCGGGGUCAUGGAGGUGGAUGUUGAGAAGAACAUGGGGAAGGAUCAAGGCGAUGCGUCACUCGCGGUUGAGGGCGGACAUGUCGAUCUGGACGUAGACAUGAACAAGGACAAGAAGACCGGGAGCCUCAGCGGUGGUGCCGGGAGCGGCGAAGGAGCUGGAGAUGGCGUCACGGAGGAGAAUCCGUCGGAGACGGUCUUCCAAACCAGUUUGGAAGCUCAAGGGAGUCUCAAGGGGGAUAGCGAUGGUAUGAAGGCGGAUACGAACAAAGGUCCGGAGAAAGAAGCUGUGAGAGAGAACAAUGGUGGGAAAGCAGAUAUCGAUGCGAAUAUGGAACCUCGACCCGCCGGAUCCACCUCGACGGAGACGAUCGAUGAUGCUCCAGCAGGAGCUCAAGCUGCUGGAAAGCCCGAACCGGCUCAGCCGGACCAAGGAGAAGAGAAGGUCGAGAUGGUACGAAUGAACGAGGCGGAGGAAGCGCUCGCGGAUAAAGAAUGGGACAAGAAUUUCAUCGAUGUCGGACAAGAUAUGCUCUUCUCCCUCAUUCUUACGGCCAAUUUUCUUUAUAUUCCUGCUCUUUUGGAAUUGGGACUGAGUACGGUCGGAGCUGCGAUCAAGGGCAAACCGCCGGGCGAGGUCAGGCAGAUGUACGGAAUGCCUGACGAGUGAGUUUGCACAGGCUUGAUUAUGUCCAAGACGCCAUACAAGGGUCGAGCUCCGACGAAAGCAAACUGAUCGUAUCGAACAUCUGUGGAACAGCUUCGACCCGUAUCGCCCGCU